CAACAAGAACAAGAAAAGAAGCGCGCAAUCCAUUCGCUCAUCACCACACUGACUGACCAACCCACCACCACUGCACCAGCCACCCGCCAUCAACCACGGACCAAGCAUCCAGCAUGGCUGAAGCACUGAACCACUUCCUUGAGAAGUCUCAGUCCGAUGACAAGGACCUGCGGUUCAUGGCCAUGAACGACCUCAUGGCCGCCAUGCGUGCACAGACAGUCAACUGGGACGAGCGCGCCACUCGACAGGUGUUGCGCCAGCUGCUGCAGCUCAUCAAUGACACCAACACUGAAGUGCAGAACCUCGCCAUGCAGUGCACGGCCGCUGUUGUCGCCAUUGCCAAUGCCAAUGCCCUCACAGACACUGUGACGACACUUGUAACCCAGGCUGUCGACACGAAAGACAAGGAGCGCGACGUCGCCACAACAGCGUUGAAGAACAUCAUGGCACAGAUUAGCGCCUUUUCUCCAGAGGCCGCCAUGUUAUGCGAAGCCGUUAUGGGGCCCGUCCUCGGAAGCAUCUGCGAGUCGACGAGCGACAGCGUGACGCUGGACAACCUUGGCCUGCUUGUUGACCUGUGCACGCGGUUUCCCAAGCAGCUUGAGUCGCAGCAGCAGCUCAUUGUUGAGCUCAUGCUCCCUCUCCUCUCGCACUCACGCACCCUCGUCCAGAAGCGCGCGAUUGCUGCUGUGUGCGCACUCGGCCCCAGCCUCUCUGACAACGUGCUCGGCCAGACUAUGAACGCCAUCAUCUCCACGCUCGAGAGCCACAAGGAAGGCCAGCUCGCCCUCACUCACGCCACCUUCGUCGCCAGCCUCGGCCGGGAGAUUGGUACACGGGUGUCCGGGUAUCUUGAGCGGCUCGUACCGCCGCUGCUCGCGCUCGUCGAUGUCGACGAAGACGACGACCUGCGCGACGCCGCUCUCCGCAGCUUGGAGACGUGCGCACGCCAGGCUCCCAAGGCCUUUGCCCCAUUCCUCGAAGCCGCGUGCGAGCUGUGCAUCAAGUACCUUUCCUACGAUCCAAACUACGACUACGGCGACGAUGACGAAGACAUGGGCGACGCGACGAUGGACGAGGAGGACGAGGAUGAGAGCGAUGUCGACUUUUCAGAUGACGAUUUGUCCGACGACGAUGACGUCUCAUGGAAGGUGCGGCGCGGGGCUGCGAAGCUGCUGCGGACGGCGACUGUGACGCGCCCGGACCUCCUGCAGCACUUUACAAACGCAAUCGCCCCCGUCAUCAUCAAGCAGUUCCGAGAACGGGAGGAGAAUGCACUUGUUGACAUGCUGCAGACGUAUGCCACGCUGCUGUCUCAGAUUGAGGUGGUGGAGGGCGCGAGUGCCGGCGCUGUGUCUGCCGAGGACAGCAACUCCUUGCAUGCCGUCCUGCAGCAGCAGCUGCCAACCGUGGUCGCCCGUACAAAACCACAUCUCGUCAGCAAGAACAUGCUGUGCCGUGAGAGCGCGUUGGAGAUCCACCACCACAUUGCCGCCCUGCUGCCCGGGGCAUUUGCUUCCCACUUUCCCACCCUCGCUGCCGGCGUCAAGGCCUGCCUCACGGACAAAAUGGCGACGGCGAAUGUGAAGCAGCAGGCGCUGCGGUUCCUGGAGUGUGUUGUGAAGACGCACACGGCUACCGACCUCGACGACCAUCUGCAGGACCUCGCCAGCCUUGUGGUGCUGGGCGUCUCUGACAGCUUCUACAAGACGGUGUCGCGUGCGCUUGGCGUUGCCUCCUCCUUCGUGCGCAUGCUCCGCCCGUCCCCAGAUCAGACCCCAACACAGCAGCAGCAGGCAGCGAUGCUCACCAUCCUCGAGGGUGUGCGGGCGCCGUUUACGAGCGGGGACGCCGAUCUCGAGGUGCGGGAGAAGGGCAUCAUCUGUGUUGGCGAGACGCUGGCGCGGUUUGGCGAUGUGCUGGACGCCUCUGCGGCCGCUGACCUGCUGCAGGUGCUCAUGGCGCGGCUGACCAACGACAUGACGCGCGUCGUCGCCGUCGCUGCGCUGGAGACCAUCUGCUCCUCUGCCGUGGGCGUGGACGUGUCCUCCUCGGCGGUGAUGGCGGUCGGCAUGCUCACAGACUACCUGCGCCUCACCAACGCCUCCCUGCGCAACAACAGCCUCAAGGCGCUGACGGCGCUCGUCACGCGCCACCCGACGGCUGUUGCGGAGAGCGAUGUGCAGCGGCUGCUUGGCGAGCUUGUAGCCCUUGUUGCCCCACGCGACAUGCAGGCGGUGGCGCUCGCCCUGCCGCUCGUCGCCGCGUGUGUGAAUGCGCAGCCGGGCACGCUGCACACCGUGCGGGCAACCCUGCUGCCUGCGGUGGCGGCCGUGGUGGGCGCAAAGAACAUGAACGCCGCGUGUAUGCCGGGCGUGUGCAUGUGUCUGCGGACGGUGGUGGCCAAGGGCGUGCCCCACGAGGAGAUUGAGGGCCUGCUGCGCGCGCAGUGCGUUGACCCGAAGCAGAGCAAGGAGGCGAUUCGCUACCUGGCCAAAGCCUCCGCCUGUGCCGCGGCUGCCGACCCGGCCCUGCAGGCGCGCCUGUUUGCCCGCGCCUUUGAUGCCGUGUGGCAUUUGGAGGGCAACGAGCGCCUCUACCACCUCUACACGCUCGCAGCGCUUGGCGUGGGCAUGGACGUGGCGCAAGUCAAGCCCGACGCGUUUAGCGCCAUCCAGUCGCUGCUGGCGACGGAGGCAGACGACUUCAAGCUCGGCGUGGCGCACACGCUCGGGUCGCUCGCAGCGGGGUCGCCGCAGUACGUGGAGACGCUGGCGAUGGCUGUGCGACAGGAGCAGGAGCAGCAGCGUGCACAGGGGGCCGACGCGGGCGAGCACGCGAACCUGUAUGUGCUGGCACUGAAGCAGACGACGCACGAGCUGCUGCAGACGGCGGAGGGGCGCGAUCGCCUGGGGCAGUGUGCGGGCACCAUCUGGCCAACGCUCUCUGCGCUGAUGGACCACGACAGCGAGAGCGUGCGCAACCUGAUCGCCGAAGCCAUGUCCAUUGUGUGCCUGCUCGACGUGCCGCACUACAUGGCAGUCCUCACAGAGGCCCUCAAGCACGCCGACCCGCGCGUCCGUGGGUGUGCGGUGAACGUUGCGCGCUUCCUGCUGAACAAGGGCGGGGAGGAGAACCGAGGCGCGCUGCGCAGCAUCCUGCCGCCGUUUGUGCUGGCGAUUGGCGACGACAACAACGACGUGCGACGCGUUGCCCUCGGUACAUUCAAGGCCGCCCUCCUCAGACACAUUUCCCUCGUCAUCGAUGUGCUUGACCAGGCGAUGGAACUGAUCUAUGGCGAGACGCGCGUGCGACCAGACCUCAUCCAGGACAUCCAGAUGGGCCCAUUCAAGCACAAGGUCGACCGCGGUGCCGACACGCGCAAGGCCGCGUAUGAGUGCCUGUAUCUUCUCCUGGAGACGUGCCCAGAGCGUCUUGUGUUCUCCACCUUCCUCAGCCACAUCCUGCAAGGCCUCUCCGAUGACCACGACAUUCAGAUCCUGUCCAACCUGAUUCUGAUGAAGGCAUGCAAGCGCGUGCCGGAGCUGCUUCUCUCCAAACUCGACGAAAUCGCACAAGUCCUCGGCAGCGUCCUCACAAACGCGCCGGAGAAGAAGGCGACGAAACAGGAGAUUGACAAGCUGGACGAAGUCAAGCGCGUGUGCAUUUCCUGCGUGUAUGCCCUCAAUGCCCUUCCAGGCAGCGACAAGUCGCCUGGGUUCACGUCGCUGCUGUCGACCAUCCACAAUUCUGGGGAGCUGUUCAGGCGCUGGGAAGACGUCAAGCGGGAAGCAACAACGGGUGCACCUGGAAUGGAUGUGGCCGCGGAUCUGUGAGCACACGCGCACAUGCAAGCGUGCGGGUGUGUUUAUGCGAGGGAAUAACAAUGCAAUGGCACACGUGAAGGAAAUCAAACAGCCGUGGCGUCAUUGCUUGCUUGUGAUUGGUUGUGCUUACGUGCGUGCGUGUAAUGUGUGUCUGUGUGUUUGCUGUGUGUCUGCUGAGUGUUUGAGGGAAAAGUAAACGUGUGGGGCUUUCUGAACAAUCAUGCG